UGCGCAUGCGCAUUGAAAGCAAAACCUAUGCUUAAUUCGCGGUACGAAUUUGAAUUUGGAUUUGGAGUAAAUACUGAUUGAUAGUCGAUUUCUAUUAUAACGUGAGUUGUACUAAGAAAAGAUGGCAGCCUACAGCUUCCCUCUGCUGUCGUCAGCUGAUUUAGCUUCAGUUCUUCAUGAGGUCCUUGGAGAGACAUUUUCAGAAGAGGAUUUUAAGAACCCUCAGAGCACCAAGAUCCAGAAGCUGUAUGCCACAUUCCUGCAGAGACUCAUCAAUACUCCUAUGGAUAAGAUUAACCAGCCCCAGUGGGAGGCUUCACAGUCAGCCUUACAUCCUGAACUGUACACAGACACCUUCCCACUCAUGAACCUCACACUGGCCAUGCAACGGUUCAUGGUCGGAAGCAUGGUGAAGGAUUUCAAAAUGAAGGAUAUUUUACACCCAAAGCCCAAGCGUACCCGUCGCUUUCUCAGUGCCAUUGUUAACUUCUGGCGGUUUAGUGUUGAAAGGGAAGAUGUUUAUUACAACAUUUGUCAAGAAAUUCAAGGAUCUUUGGCUGAGAGGAGUGCAUGUCAAGAGAGGACCUCACAGAUAAAAGAAAAAAUCAAUCUUAUUAGAAUGAACAGAGCUGAAGAGGAGGAGCAUGCAAAACAGUUGCAAGACAAGAUUGAUGACUUGGACAGUAAGAUGAUGGCACAGCAGCAGGAUCAAGCAGGACUACAGAGAGAUAUCUCAAGGCUAAGGGCUACUGUGGCUGAGAAAGCAGCCUUAGCGGACAAGCGUAAGCUGUCUAGCCUGAACAAGAAGGAUACUGUGAGCAAGAUGCAAGCUCAGGUAGUUCAGUCCCCAGAGCGGAUGAAAGCUGACAUAUCACGUAUGCAUUCCACCUUAGCCUCGCGUAAGGAGACCAAGAAGGAGAAGGGACACAGAGUGCAGGAGCUACGGGGUCAGAAUGAGAAUUGCCAGCUGCUACUCCAGUCCAGCGAUCAAGGGGAUGCGAUGAUUACAGCUAUCAACACAGAGCUGGAAAAACAGAGGGAAGGUCAGGCUGCAUUAGAAGGUGUGAGAGAUCAGAUUCAGGUGGAGAAGGAUCAACUGAGAGACUCUACAGCCCAGGAGGGCCAUCUCAACAGACAGAGGGAAUCAAAGCAAGAGAAACUAGUCAAGCUACAGCUACAGCACCAACACACCAUCACAGCACUGCAGGAGAAUGUACAGAGGGAACAAAGGGAGAUGGAAGACUGCUUCAAGAAACAGGAGAAAAAACUUGGUCACAUUCAGGUCCUCAAUGAACAGAAAAACGCCAUCAAGAAAAAGAUGAAUGACGAGGAGAAUAGCCAUGAAGAACAGAUGAGGAAAAAGAAGGAUAACUAUGAACACCUCCUUGUAGCUUUGGACUCGUACCACAAAGAUCUCUCUAUUAGCUGGGAGCAAGCGGAUCCAAGAUAAACCUGGCAGUCAAUGGAACGAUCAAAACCUAAUCUUAUUGUAAAAUGUCACAUGGUGUCUAUUGAAGCCUAAUCAUGAUAGAAUUGUAUAGAAAUUACACAAGGUUGUGUAGCCCCAUGAAGACUCAUGUAAAGUUUGACACCAAAUUGAUUAAUUUUAUAUUAUUAUACACGUAGAUGUUUUUCAUUCCAUGUAUAUAUUGUAAAUAGGUCAUUUAAACAAAUUUGUUUUAUACAGGAAUGCCACUUUUCAGACUAAAAUCUGAAUUCAGACAUUUUAACAUAUUUUCGGGCGUAGAAAAUGCCUUUUUCAUACUAGAAGGGGGUCAUUCUAGAUGAUUUUUCAGUCUUUAUUUAUCAAACCUUAUAGUGGCAUCAUUCUAUCUAAUCCCAACAACAUCAAUGAUGCAAAUUAAAAAUUAUGAUUAAACUCACAUAUAUAAUCAACAUUUUAGACAAAAUUAAAGUCAAUGGGGCAUCAGCUUUUAUGGGGAGAUUGACACCAUUUGGAUAUAGAUCACACAUUGUUGAUCAAGAUU